AUGUGCGAUAUUCUAUCUCUAUACAAAGGAUGUCCAAUCGAGGAUCUACCCACACCCAACUUCAUCAUUAAUGAAGAAAAAUUUGAUAGAAAUUGUACAAUGAUGUUGAAUAAUGUCGAAAGGUUAAGCCAGGAAUGUGGCGUGCCAAUCAAGUUUCGCGCUCAUGUGAAAACGCAUAAGACAGCAAAGGGUACAUUAAAGCAAUUAGGGCAUGGACUACCAUUAGCAGAGCGCACUACUAGAGCUAUAUUAGUCUCUACUUUGAAAGAAGCCGUUGAACUUUUAGAUUAUCAAGAUAGGCAAUGCUUUAAUUACAUUGACGAUAUAACAUAUAGUUUACCUUGCUGUGUUCCGGAGUUUAUUCCUCUUUUGAGUAAUUUGUCAAAAAGAGUAGAUAAUUUUCAGGUUUUCGUCGAUAACAUUGAGCAUUUAGAGAAUUUAAAGAAAUUUGGCAAACCUGCUUCCGGUAAGAAGUGGUCGGUUUUUAUCAAAGUUGAUAUGGGGACUAAGAGGGCAGGCCUUGCCUACGAUUCUUCUGAAUUUUUGAAUCUGUUAAAAAAAUUGACUUCACCAGAGCUUCAAGAAGUAAUUGAGCCGUAUGGGUUCUAUGCACAUGCCGGGCACAGCUACUCUUCAACCUCAAUCAAUGAUACUCAGACCCUUUUAAUAGAAGAAGUGAAAGCAGUCAAUUCUGCUGCCAAAGUCUUGUGCUCUGUGGAUCCUAAAAUUGAUGCCUCUAAAUUGACGCUAUCUGUGGGUGCUACACCAACCUCGAACUCUUUAAAGCUUAAUAAUAAGGACACACUUCUUAAAUUGAUCACUGCUGAAUUAAUUGGUAAACUAGAAAUACAUUGCGGUAAUUACUGUAUGUACGACUUGCAACAGGUUGCAACAGGCUGUGUUCAAGAUUAUGAGUUGUCCGGGUUUGUGCUUGGAACAGUGCUAUCAUCGUAUCCUUCAAGAGGUGAAUUAUUGAGUAACACUGGUGUCAUGAGUUUAACAAGGGAAGUCUCUUCGAUAAAGGGAUUCGGUUUAUGUGUUGAUUUGGAACAGGUUUUAAAAUCUGAAAAAUUUUGUAGGGAAUGGUAUGUUGCUAGAAUCUCUCAAGAGCAUGGGAUACUGAAGACAAUAGGUAGCUGGGAUGAAACGAAUGCUUUAAAAUUGGGUACUAAAUUCGCAGUCCUUCCUCAACACGCUUGCAUCACAAUGGGACAGUUUCCCUAUUAUUUUGUGGUUAACAGCCACGGUCUGGUUACUGAUGUUUGGACACCCUUUCAGAAAUGGUAA